GGAGGAGGAGGAGGAGGAAGAAGAAGAAGAAGAAGAAGAAGAAGAAGAAGAAGAAGAAGAAGAAGAAGAAGAAUCCAUUGCUAUGUUCCGCCAUGUCUGGACAAGACUACAUGGCCAUCACUUUGGCUCCUUCGAACAAACCAGUCCGUACUCUAUUUCCAAAGAAGAGGAAGAGGAAGAGGAAGAGGAAGAGGAAGAGGAAGAGGAAGAUGCCAUUACUGUGUUCCGUCGUGUCUGGACAAGACUACAUAGCCGUCACUUCGGCUCCUUCGAACAUACCACUUACCCCCCUAUGCGUUACACGUUUGGACACAUCCCACAAUUAGCCGGCUGCGACAAUGGAUUGCAACUUUUCUCCAUCAGACUACUCCUUCGCGGAGAUAAUACAAAGGUCGAUGAUGCACAAGAUGGUCUCCAGUGGCAGUGGCCCCUUCAUGUGUAUGGCCUUGUCGCUGCUAGGGACUCGCUUGAUCCUAGGCGCAACCUUCUUUUUCACCGCACCAGAGAUAACUGCCAAAUCCUUACUCAGCAGGAUCCAUUUCUAGUGUUAACAGGCCCAUCUCGCGCUAUCGUCUUAAUUGAUCCUGUUCAAUUUGAAGUUCAGCUCAAAGCAAAAGCCACCGACGACAACCACCAAGAUCAAAUUCUUAACUUUGGAGUCGUGGCAUCUGGCCAUGCCUGUUCGUUUCAAUCUCCGUUGCGGUGCAUCAGCAAGCGAAGCGAGCUGGACUUCUCACUCUCAUUGCUUGAGAGAUCAAUUGAGGCCACUGUCAGUGUUGAGUUUGUUGAUGGCUCCUCAUGGCCGGAUCAUCUCCCAGGAAGGAUUGUUUCCCGUACGGCUAGCAUAAAACAUGCAGAAAUUGUGCUACUUGAUUCUCGGCAACAACAGCCACCUGGGAGACUGCCUAUGGAUGAUGGCAAUGUCAUUCAACUUUCAAGGCGUGUCGUUUCAGUGGAAUUAAUUGGCCGACUCAUAGUUGAAGUAAUGGCUUUCCAUUCCCUACAUCAGGUUGACAGUGACAACAACCAGGAGCAGGAUCACUCACAGCAGCAGGUACUACGAGGAGUAUUUGCAAAAUGCCAUGUUGUUUUCGUGCCUAAAAUUGCUUCAGUGAGUGUCAAGACGUGUGAUUUAGGAGGCCUAUGUAACCUCAAAAUCUCUGUUGCUUGGUCUCUGGUUGAUAGGCUGCCUCCACCUGCCUAUUUUGCUUAUUAGAGUUUGUUUAUGGUUCCUCAUGGUCAGAUCAUCUCCCAUGAAGGAUUGUGUCUUCUAUUAUAUUUGAGGCAUGUUUCAACUAAUCUUAUCUAAAAGAUGGCUAUUGUCAACGAUCUGUAUUGACAGUAAUAUAUGGGGUAGCUAACAAUGUGCAAAGAUCGAUGGUUAGAUGUAGACACGGGUUACCUAGUUUCAUGCUCUCGGUAUGCGAGAUAAUACUCUACUCCUGCUCGAUUGUAUUUGAUAGUGUACAAAU